CAAUGUGACGUUGAGUGUGUCUAAUAGCUAUGACAGGGUUGGAGUCUGGCUAUAAAUUGUAAGUAUUUUCGCAACAGCCGUCGUCGGGCGGAACUAAUGCAUCGAUAAUGAGGCACGGCCGGCCGCGGGCGACACUGCCGAGCCACCCACCUACAGUAAAUACUAUCUAUGGUACUAUACAAUAUUAUACCAGCGUAAGUCACGACGUUAUUCAUGGGGCGCUUUGUCAAUAUCUGAAGCGGGACAAUCGGCACGGCAACGCACGUCCUUGGCAGGCGAGCGAGACGUCAAUGGAACUGAAUAUUCCGUCUACGAUAACCCAGAUAUGGUAACGUAAACUGUGUAUAAAAAAUAAUAAGUGAAGGUUCGUUGGGUGGCAGCUACCGGGGUGCACGCGGCCUGGCAGUGAGGCUCGCCCGCCCGCCGCCGCCGCACCGCACAUGAACGUACCUAUUCUGAACGCUGCCAUGCAGAAUGCUUGACUUUACUCCCUAGGCGAAGGAAAUUAAAAUGAGUUUGUUCGUAGACUUGCGUCAGAUCAAGUCUUCAGUAACGAACCUCUCCGAGAUGGUGGAGAAGAUGUCGACAUCGGUGGAGAAGGACUGUCCGGCGCGGGGCUCACAGACCGAGCCGCCGACGGCGCGGACCUCCAUCUUCCGGCCCUCGCUGGGCCUCGGCGUGCGCUUCUCCAGCCAGGAGGACGUCACGCGCCACAUGCCCUCCGCGCGCCUGCGCAGCCACAUGUCUCUACCAGAGCUCGACAAGGACGACGUCUUCGACAAGACGCGGCGCGACGACCGACCGACCAUCACUGAAAUAAUCGACGACAAGAGCGAAACCAGACGAGGCCUCAACAUAUCUACGGAGAACUUAACCGAGUGGAUCGUGGCGAGCGCGCAGCGGCGGCCGCACUUCGACGACGGCGGCGCCGCGCACCCCAUGGACUUCCUCGCCGACGUGCGCUACUACGUGUCCGAGCUGCACAUGCCGGCGGACAAGCAGCUGCCCUUCGUCGUGUCCUGCCUGGACAGCGUGCCGCUGCUGUGGGCGCGCUGCUUCCGCCACGAGUUCAGCGACAUCGCCAGCUUCUACAAGGCGUUCGAGCAGGAGUUCUGGGGCCCGGAGCGGCAGAAAGCAGUACUAUACGACCUGAAGCUGGGGAAGUACGACCCGUCGUCGGGACUGAGCAUGUCGGAGUACUUCCUGCACAAGGUGUGCAGCUACCGGCACCUGGCGCCGCCGCCGUCGGACCUGGAGGUGGUGUACUCGCUGGCGGCGCACUACCCGGCGGCCGUGGAGCUGGAGCUGCGCCUGGCGCCGCGGCCGUCGCUGCGGGAGGCCUACGCGGCGCUGCGCCGGCGCGAGGGCGCGGCAGCCGACUUCCUGCCCAACUACUUGUAUGAGAUGUGCGAGGCGUUCCAGCGCGGGCAGCGCCCCGAGUCAGCCAGGAAGCAUGAAGGCAGUCAGUCCGCUAGAACGGCUAGUGAAGUACCGCCUAAGAAAUAAAUCUACUUGCCUAAGAUAUUCAUGGAAACUUUAGGAAUAUAGGAGUAGGACACUUAUUGCACAAAAUAUUUAUUAACCCAUCCAGGUCAUGGGGUAGGAGCGUUUAUCUGUACUCUGAAGCUAGGUCUGCAACAAUACCCGUAAAUUAUAAUCUAGAUAUAGAGUCUACAAAAAUCACUGAA